AUGCUUUUGAAAUUUUGGGGCGUUACAGGAAUUGUAACACCCUGCUUUCAAGAAUAUGGUGGUGCAUGCGGAGAGGUUUCAAAGAAUGAUUUGGACACUUAUGUUAUCAAAGUGCACUUAUCAUUUUGGUCAAACAUCUUGGGAUGGGUGACCUUCCGAGAAGUGAUUGUUGGAACCAUGGGCGACCGAUGCGUUACAAGUGGUUUAGAGUCGAACCUAGAUGAGUGUGGAGUCAAGAAAGAUCACACCAUCGGUGGUGAUGGUCUUGGUGCGCAACGAGGACGUUACGAGCAAGGUAUGGCAAACACACCGAAGCAAUCUGAACUCGAGGCGAGGGUUGGGGCCGACACGCCGUUGGCGCAUGAGACGGCGGGGCAGACGGAGGCUCGCCGUGAGCAGGAGAUAACGGCUCUAAGAGAGAACAUACUAAGCAUGAACGCCAUGGUGCAGCAGAUGUAUAGUUGCAUCUGUGGCGAACCAACAAAUGACGGGAAGGCCUCAGCGAGCUCAGAUCCGACGAGAACGGACCGGGUUCUCACCUUUGCAAACCCUAAACCGAUAGAGUUUUUACUACCUCCUCCACCACUAGCUGAAGAAAAGACGCUAGAGCUUCAACAAACACAAGAAUCAAACGUCGAUGUUCUUUUGCCGAAGGAAAACUCAAAAAUAUCUCUCAGGAAUUUCGUCGAACAAGUGGUGGGUGCUCGGUCUCAAAGACUUUCACGUGAAUAUGGGAUUUAUAAAGGCUUGAGUGCAACUCAAAAACUCAGACUAAGACGGAGUCAUGUUAGCGAAGUUACCACAAGGCUUGAAAAAAGAAAAAUGAAGAAAAACCAUCGUUCUCAAUCUUUACAUCUAGCCUUUCGAGUGCGUUCUCCGAGAAAUCAAUUGUAUCUUGGUGAGGAUAGAUUCAAUUCGAUGGCAGUAAAUCUGGCGAAGGAAAAGCAACACACAGGGAGUCGCAGAGCUCAAAGUGGAGAAAACAGCUCUCAUUCGUUCACGUUCCCACCUCUAAAUCAAUUGUCAGUGAGUGCUGAUAGUGUGCUGUCUCACGCUGAUACAAAAUUCACCGUUGAUGAAGAAUCCUUUGAGUGUUCUCUGGCCAAGCAAGUGUGGAAGCCUGAGCGUCUAUGUCAUGGUGAAAAAGUUCAGGCUCUAGCAUUCCAAGAUGGAACUCUACACUUCAGCUUUGGACUUGUUAAUCACGUUUGGGAACCUGGGGAAAAUUUAGAUGUUGUCCUGAGGAAUCCGAUAAAUUGUUGUGAAGAUUAUCUCUUUGAAAAAUAUGUCACAGGAGUGUUGCAGACUGUUUAUCAAGGCAAAAGGAGACCAAUAGGAAGCUGGAUUACGGAGCUUGGUGUGAUGAGGCUGCUGCAAAGGGUUCCUCUCAUGCGUUUUCAGGAAAUAAUUAGUAUGUUCAAAGAGUUUGGUUUUCCAGUUCAGGGUCAACUUCGUUAUUUUGUUAAGGGUCUAACUCUGGCACUGCAAACUGGUGUCGAUGUGAAAUUUGUGUUAGAUUCUGUUAACUGUAAUCAUGUGUGGAAGCCUGUAGGGAUCUUGGUAAAUGGUACUUAUAUGAGUCAUAAAUUGCGGGUUGUUGAUGAAUUUCUGGAGAGACAAAUCCUUUCAAGUGUCAUGGACUUACUUGUUGGAUCAGAAUUAUGUGUAUAUGCUUAUUUGGUAAAGGCUAGUUCGGAGGGAAGCAACAUGAAUCUUAGAACAACAAAGAUGAAUCGACAGCUAGAAUUAUCCACACAUGGUCCUGCUGUGGAAGGUGUUAGAAGGUUUAAAGCUUUAUUGUUGAGAAUUUUGGUUAAACGACCUCGUGGCGUGAGGCCCAAACAAGAUUGGUGGAGAUUUUUGCAGAAGUUAAUCAUACUGAACCAUGUACCAGAUGAUGAGGCUAGGACUCGAAAACAAGAAUACAAAGUUUCGGCAUUUCCACACCAGAUUGAACGUUUUCUACCAAUUCACCUUGAGGACAAGGUGUAUUUUUCAAGGGCGAGUAGUAAUAGGUGUGGAUGGUUGGUCUUUGAUCGAGGAAAGAAAAAUAGAAUCUUAGGAUAUGUUAUGAGUAUAGUUAUAUGA